CACACAGUCAUUGUCUUGAUUGGAAGAGCCGCAGCAGCCCGGGCGAGAGGUGGCGGCAGCAGUCGGAUGGCUCUGAGCUGCCUGUUCCAUGUGAGCAGAGCAGCGCUGAGGAGGUGGCUGCCAGCAGGCGCGGUGCAAAAGGGGGCUUCCAGCCGCCUCUGCCGAAGCAGCAGCAGUAGCCGCCACGGUCACCUUGUGGGGCGAGCCUGUGGGUCGCAUCAGCAGACAACUUCUCCCUCGUUUGGAUUCCUGUUUGAUAUUGAUGGAGUGCUUUUACGGGGCCGGCUAGUCAUUCCUGCUGCUAAGAAGGCCUUCCAGAAACUAACAGAUUCAAAAGGCCGGUUCCACGUGCCAGUUGCAUUUGUAACCAAUGCUGGAAACUGCUCUCGGGACAGCAAGGCUGAAGAACUGUCUGAUGCACUUGGAUUUAAGGUGUCUCCUGAAUGGGUGAUCCUCUCCCACAGCCCACUGCGUCUUUUCCAUCAGUUCCAUGAUAAGUGUGUGCUUGUGUGUGGACAGGGUCCUGUGGAGAAAAAUGCCAGGGACCUAGGAUUCCAGCACAUUGUUACCAUUGAAGACAUAAGGAAGGCAUUUCCCAUGCUGGAUAUGGUUGAUCAAAGUCGGAGGCCAAAAGAGCUGCCUCCUCCACCCACUGACUUCCCUACCAUAGAAGGGGUGAUUCUGUUUGGGGAACCAGUCCGGUGGGAGACCUGUCUGCAACUGGUAACUGAUGUACUCUUAAGCAAUGGGAAUCUAGGGGUAGAGCUGGCUUCUGUGCCAUACCCACAUCUACCUAUCCUGGCCUGCAAUAUGGAUCUCUUGUGGAUGGCAGAAGCCAAGAUGCCAAGAUUUGGCCAUGGCACUUUUCUUGUGUGCUUAGAGAACAUCUACAAGAAAAUGACUGGCAAGGAGCUGAAGUAUGAGGCCUUGAUAGGCAAGCCCAGCACUGUCACCUACCGCUAUGCCGAACAUGUGAUCAAGCAGCAGAUGGAGAGUUGGGGCUGGACAGCCCCUCUUCGCCAACUGUAUGCUAUUGGAGACAACCCAAUGGCUGACAUUUAUGGUGCAAACCUCUACAACCGUUACCUCCAGGCUCAGGCUGAAGUAAGUGUCACUGCAAUGGCAGCAGAGAACAAGGAACGUGUUGAGAUGCAGAGAGAUCGCAGUGUGUCCAUCAGCUCUGCAGAGAGCUGCCAGUCUAUACUGGUCUGCACUGGGGUUUACAAUCCCCAUGGAGAUAUGCCUACUGACUGCAAUGAGAACAUGCUGGAGACUACAUUCCAUGGGCACCGGGACUUUCAUUUCGACCCGACUUUGGUGGAGGCUUCUCACGUUGUGCAUGAUGUGAAUGAUGCUGUGGAGCUUGUAUUUCAGAAGGAGAACUGGAAACAGGAAUGAUAAGUCCAUUAUCAUCAGCAUCUCACCUGGGGACAGAGGGGUAGAGGCAGAUCAGAACACUGUCUUGUUUAACCCAUGCUGAAGUAAAGGAAAAUGCUCCACUCUGUUUUCGUUUUAGGGAUUGCACAAAAAAACCCCACAAUCCGCAUCUUUGUCAACAUGGGUGCUACAGCAUAGUUGCCAGCUUGAAAUUCCACAUUUUUGCUACAGUAGACUUGGCCAUAGAGUAGCCUUCCCCAACCAGGUGCCCUCCAGAUGAUUUGGAUACAACUUCUGUCAUUGCUGAUCAUUGGCUAUGUUGGCUGGGGCUGAUGGAAGUUGUAGUCCAAAACAUCUGGAGGGCACCAGGUUGCAAUAUGCUGCUGUGGAGGGACAGGCUGAAAGAGUCACUGGCUUGUCCUACCAGUUACAUGUCUGUGGGGUUUUCAUGUUCUUCCCUAUCUACAAUACAAUGAACUAUCCCAUCAUCCCAAUUUGUGGGUGAAAUUGGCUCCUCUGCCAAAAGCCAGUGUGAGAUGUCUUGUUUUUCCAUCCUAACUAAAUAACUGUGACCCACCAUCAUAAGGGUUGCUACACUUUUUGGCUACACUUGCCUCUGUUCCAGAUGUGCCUAAAAGUGCUUGAAAAGUAUGAAACGCUAAAUCUGUGUCUUGAGUUGAUUCAUGGCAUGUGGUAUACCUGGAGGUACAGAACCUCUUGCCAGGGCAAGAGUGCUGCUUACAAAAUAGAAGCAGGGUAAUUGCUAGGUGCAAUAAUAACUAAAUCCCACUCUCCUGGCUAUUUCACAGCUGCUUCAUCCUGUUCCCGAAAUACUAAUCUCUACUUGCCACAGGCAGCACUGCCCCUUUGCUGUUCCUUUGGAUGCUGCACAGCUUUGGAAUCCAGAAUUCCAGCUGCAAGCGGUGGUCCAUGACCUGAAAUAGGAUUAACUCUGGUAUCCAGCGUUUUGGGGUGGGUGGGGGUGCCAAAGACCAGCUGUCUUGUCAUUAGCAAAAAUUUAUCAUUUUUGACAGUGGCUCCUCUAAAGAAAACUGUGGAAGAGAAGAAAAAAGUUUUACCAAGUCAUAAAAGAAACAGAUUUAGCCUCCACAAAAUGUUAAGGGCAAGCUUGUGUGGUGUCAGUAUUCUGCUUUGUCUCUCUCCCCCCCCCCCAAUCAAAUGGCAGUAUCAAUCCUCUCCAAACUGAUCUUUUCCCUGAAAUAAUUUCAGGUAGUGUCUUCAUGAAGGGGUAAAUGCCCCCACCCAACUGUCCAUUACACUUAGACCUACCUUUUUGUGGAGUCUAUGUUCUCCUUAGAAAUCAUUAGCCUGGGUCUUAGACAUGUGUGUGGCCUUGUCUGUAUGUGGUGCCAUAGAUGCAUGUGCUUCAACAGGAGAUGCUUGUGCAGAUGCAUGCUUCUCUGGGUACAGCAGGGCUGAGGAACCUGUGGCCCUCCAGACGCUGUCAGUUUACAACUUCUCUCAUCCCUGGCCAUGCUGGCUGGGGCUAAUGGGAGCUCAAAAGCAUCCAGAGGGCCACAAAUUCCCCAUCAUUUUUAGAACCCUGUAGUUUAGAAGCUGUGCAAUGUAUGUCUCUGUUUCUCUUGAAUGUAAAAUUUCCAGGCCACUCUUUGUAUAAGAUGUUUCCUGGAUGCCUUCCCAGGUCUCCAAGGCCAAUGUAGAAGAGGCAAUGUUAGAUUUUUGCACCACUGCAAUUGAAGAUGUACUAUAAUAUUAUUGGGUGAUAGCAAGAUGUUCCUAUCCCUCUUUUAUGUAUGAAUCUGGACAUGCUGUAAGUUCCCUUUUUCUGUAGGGCAGCUCACUACUGUACUUUGUAACAUGAGCAAUAUCCUUAUUUUCUUACACUGAUAUCAUUUGUUUGUGUAUAUUUUAAAUAAUCUUUAGUGAUGAAUCUGUGUUGUAGGGGUAGGUUUAUGCUCCAAUCCCUACAGCCUCUGAUUGAACCUUUGCUGCUUUUUGAAGAUCGCCUAAGUUUACUAAAUGGAUGGCUACAUUUUUUAAGAAAAAAAGACCAACCUCAAAUCCUUUCUUGCCAAGUGUAGUGAAAGCCAUCCACUUGGUUCUUUUGACUAUACUUUCUUCUCAGUGAAUUACCUGUUUUGUUUUUUUUAAAAAAAUCAUUAAUAUUUUUAACAAUUGGACUGUCUAACAAAAUGCAAAUGCUAAGAAAGAUAAUUAAGACAUGCCUUGUAGUGAAUAUAAAAAUAUCAGAAUAAAAGAUUAUAUAGCAAACAA